GAGGAAGUUAAAAGAUGUUAAAUAGUGGGGACCCUACCAUUCUCAGCCUAGAGGUCUGGCUUCCCAGUCAACAUGAAGGCUCUCCUUAUUCUGGGGCUUCUCCUCCUUUCUGUAACCAUCCAGGGCAAGAUCUAUGAAAGGUGCGAGUUUGCCAGAACUCUGAAAAGACAUGGAAUGGAUGGCUUCAAGGGAGUGAGCCUGGCAAACUGGGUGUGUUUGGCCAAAUGGGAAAGUAGUUACAACACACGAGCUACCAACUACAAUCGUGGAGACAAAAGCACUGAUUACGGAAUAUUUCAGAUCAAUAGCCGCUACUGGUGUAAUGACGGCAAAACUCCACGAGCAGUUAAUGGCUGUCAUGUAUCCUGCAACGCUUUGAUGAAUGAUGACAUUACUCAAGCCAUAGCAUGUGCAAAGACGGUGGUCAGUGAUAGACAAGGCAUCAGAGCAUGGGUGGCAUGGAGAAAUCAUUGUCAAAACAGAGAUCUCACUCAUUAUACCCAAGGUUGUGGAGUGUAACUGGAAUUUUCCUUCUUCAGCUCAUUUUGUCACUUUUUCAUAUUAAGGGAGUAGUAGUUGAGUGAAAGUUUACACUACCAUUCUUUCAAGCAAAUAAUGAUUUUACAGAAGCAGGAGCAAAAUAUGGUCUUUCUUCUAAGAGACUAAAUGUUUUCUAAUGUGUUUAUUAUAUUAAGCCUACAACCUUUUUCAUUUGGCUAAUAGAACUAAUGCUGGUGAAAAUUUAUCUAAAAUCUUGAUUAUCAGAUACAUCUCCAGUAAAUUUAGUUCUUAAUCAAAGAGAUAACCCAGACUUCAUCUUGAAUGAUACAAGUGCUCCUCAAUAUUUGAUAAAUAUGUAAGAAAAGACUACUUUAAAACACAUUGAUCUUAGGCAAAAUCCCAGCUGUGUAGGUGUCUGAUGUCUUCAUCUUUCAGUCAUCUCCAAAAACAGUAAAAGAUAACCACUCUUUGUUGGGCAAUAUAAAAUUUGCAAAGGAGCAGAAUGCCAAAUGGCUAAAAAUGGAGAUCGAUUGAAUUAAGAAUUUUGUUUUCAUAAAGUGUGACCUUUGGUUUAAGUGUUUUCCUAGAAAUGUUGCUUUUAUACAGCUUUAAAAAUAAACUCACAAUUUAUAUGCCAAUCUAUUCUAAAGAACCUUUUAAAGAACUCUUAUGCAUCUUGCUGAUCAUGAAGGAAUAUUAAGAAGGAUAAGAUGAGCUGUUACUGUUUUUUAAUUUUAUUAGCUUAAAUUCAUGCAUUAUGACUAAAUCUGGAGGCAGAUGAAUUUGCAAGUAUUGAAAUGAUUACUAAUUAAUCACCAGUGUGAAAUUAUCAUGUCGUAAAGAAAUAAACAUUAUUAUUAAAGGCUUUGCGAUUCA